UUUUCUCCUUCCAUCUGAUUGGUUCUCAUCUUCUACUCUGCUUUUUUUCUCCUCCACAAACCCCCGUUUUGUUAUUCCUUCCUCUGUUCUUCUAUUGUAUUCUUUUUUUUUUUAAUUAUUUGUGUGGGGUUCUGUUUGCUUGUUCCUUUUUUUUUUUUUUCAAAAAAGAAAUUUUUUUUUUAAAUUCAUUUUCCUAAAUUUUGUUCUAGCUUUGAUUUUUGAAGUCCAUGAUUUUGAGUUUAGUUUGAUAAAAAAAAUUUCACUUCUCCUUUUAGCUUUUCUUAUUGAAUUGAUUGACUGUUUGCUUUCCUGUUUUUUAUUUAUAGCUUCAAAAAGUAUUUUGUUCAUCACUAAUUCUUCUUCGUCAGUUAGAGUUUUCAGCGAUCAUAUAAAGAAGAGAAGAAUAAAAAUGGAAUCAAACAAUGGCCAGGGACUCGAACAAGGUUUAAAAACUGAGGAAUUCAGUACCCAUGAAGUAGAUGCUACUUCAAACGCGGUUGAAAAUAGCUUGAGUUCAAAGGUGAAGGAUGUGGGCAGUAUUAGCAAUAGAGAAAUGUAUUUUAGAGCAGAUAAAAUUGAUUUCAAGAGCUGGGAUAUUCAACUAGAUAAGCACCUCAGCCGUGCUUGGUCGAGGGACAGAGAAGUGCAGAGGAGAAGGGAAGAGUGGGAGAUUGAUUUGAUUAAACUGGAUUUAAGGCAUGUUAUUGCUCAGGGAACUUAUGGGAUUGUGUAUAGAGGCAAUUAUGACGGUCAAGAUGUUGCUGUGAAGAUAUUGAAUUGGGGGGAGGAUGGAAUUGCCACUGCUGCUGAAAUUGCUGCUGUGCGGUCAUCAUUUAGGCAAGAGGUUGCUGUUUGGCAUAAACUCGACCAUGCAAAUGUUACAAAGUUUGUUGGAGCUUCAAUGGGUACUUCGGAUCUUAAACUUCCUGCCAAAAGCCCCAUGAAUGGAAGUUAUGAUUCUCAUCCUUCCACAGCAUGCUGCGUUAUUCUCGAGUACCUUCCAGGUGGGACGUUAAAGAAAUUCUUAAUCAGAAAUAGGAGAAAGAAACUUGCCUUCAAGGUUGUGAUUCAACUUGCUUUGGACCUUUCGAGGGGUUUGAGCUAUCUUCAUUCUAAAAGGAUUGUACAUCGUGAUGUUAAGACAGAAAAUAUGUUGUUAGAUGUUCAUAGAACUUUGAAAAUAGCUGAUUUUGGUGUUGCUCGAGUUGAAGCUCAGAACCCAAGGGACAUGACUGGGGAAACUGGUACUCUUGGAUACAUGGCCCCAGAGGUUCUUGAUGGUAAGCCUUACAAUCGCAAAUGUGAUGUUUACAGCUUUGGUAUAUGCUUAUGGGAAAUUUAUUGCUGUGACAUGCCUUAUCCCGAUCUUAGCUUUGCUGAAGUAUCAUCUCUAGUAGUUCGACAGAAUCUGAGACCAGAAAUCCCUAGAUGUUGCCCAAGUUCAUUUGCAGGCAUCAUGAGAAAAUGUUGGGAUGCAAAUCCAGACAAACGUCCUGAGAUGGACGAGGUAGUGAGGCUGCUAGAAGCAAUAGACACAAGCAAAGGAGGUGGCAUGAUUCCUGAAGAUCAAACAACUGGCUGUUUCUGUUUUAGUUCAGUUCGUGGACCGUGAUUUCUUUUCACUUUCCACUCCUGAUACAUAUGUAUGGAGUACUGAAGUAGUUCAUUGCCAGACUGCCGCUGGUAUUUGAAUAGCUAAAUCAAGACUCUAGCUUGCUAUAGCUCAGGAACACAGACUUGAAAAAGCAGUGGAAUUACUGGUCCUAGUCAAAAGUUUAAGAUUUGGUUGGUGUAAUUAGUAUUGCUGCACAAAACUAUGGAAUUGGAAGAUUGGAAUUCUAUAAUUAUUAUGAUUUCGAACUUUCCAUUCAAAUAGUGAUCUUGAAAAUCAA